AUGGUGUCUCCAGCCAUUGCACUGGCUUUUCUGCCACUCCUGCUGACACUAAUUAUCAGAUAUAGGCACUUCUUUCUGUUGUUUUAUCGAGCUAUUUUAGUAAGAAUUUGGAAAGACAUUUCUACUGGCCUGAGCAGAGAGGAGCGAGUUUAUGAAUAUGUUUUAACACACGCCACCCCUGGAGACGCUGAUAGCAUUCUUGAUGCCUUUGAUACAUGGUGCACCAAAGUGGAGUUUAUCAGUAACAUUGGACCAAAGAAAGGAAAGAUCUUAGACCGUCUUUUGGUGGAGCAGAGCCCCUUAACAGUGUUAGAACUGGGCACACAUUGUGGCUACAGCGCAGUGCGGAUGGCCAGGUCCCUGCCCCUGGGUGGCAGAAUUUACAGUGUUGAGAUGGAUCAAAGAAAUGCUUCCAUUGCAGAGAAAAUUAUUCGUUUGGCAGGUUUAGAUGAUGAUACAGUGGAAUUAAUUGUGAGUCCUUCUGAUGAAGUAAUCCCCAGAUUGCGGUCCGACUAUGGCCUGGAAAGGCUGGAUUUUGUUUUCAUGGAUCAUUGGAAGAGAAGUUACCUCCCAGACCUGCAGAUGCUUGAGGAAUCUGGACUCUUGGGAAAGGGAUCAAUCAUUUUGGCUGACAAUGUAUUAUUUCCAGGUGCACCAAAGUUUCUUAGACACAUUCGCAAAAGUGGUUUAUAUGAAUGGAAAAUUCAUAGAGCCACGCUAGAAUAUAGCAAAGGCAUCAGGGAUGGGAUGGCUGAGCUGAUCUAUCUUGGAAUCAAAUAGGAUUAUU